CAUCCGUCAUCGGGAAAGUUCCAAAUUUCAAAUUCUGGAAAAAUUCACUGUCAAGAAUAUAAACGUCAACAUUUCAACAUAAAUACUAUUGUUGAAGAAUAUAAUAGGAAAAAACUCUGAUUCGUUUAACUGGUGAAAAAUGGUGUAUAUUGCGAGAGAUGGGACCGUUUGCGAAAACCCCCCAUGGGGUUUCAACAGGAUAGGCCAAAUGUUUUAUGGACUCGUUAAUUUCGUUGUGCUCUUUUUCCAAACGUUAGUUGGUCUUGAUACUUCUCCAAAAUCUACUGUAAAAUCGGGAGGCAGUUCAUUCAGAAGUGGUGGAGGUGGAGGAGGAGGCGGAGGAGGUGGUGGUGGAAGACCAUUUGGGCCUGGUGGUGGCGGAGGUGGUCCAAGAAAAUUCAUGACUUUAAGAGAUGUCAACCCUCCCACUAUUGGUGGUUGUGCUGGUGGUGCUUGCGGAAGAUGAAAUUAAAAAGCAUUUUUAAAUUGGUCUUAUUAACUUUAUAACAUAUGGCGUUGGCAAUUUAUUGUUUGAAAUGUGAACCCUAUAUUUUAUUGAUGAUUAAUUAAAAAUCAUUCCAUUCACUCAAAAUUUAUUUAUUAAAAAUCUGUGAUUCUA